AUUUUCCCCCAAUUUGACUCACACACUGAGUGUGUGCGUUUCCGAGUCCACACUAUAAUAUCUUUCUUCCCCAACAUAUUUACCACCAACCGGAAUAUCGCUCCUGUGUUCGACACACUUUCUCUCUCCUCCCCCCAUCAAUGGCGGCUUCUCGUACAACCCUAGCUUCACUCCUAUUUCUGCUGCUGGCGGUGGUUUCUCUAAUCUCACCGUCACAGUCGGCCACGUGCACAUCACAGACCUUCACCACCACCACCAACAAGCUUUACUCCUUCUGCAACGAUCUCCCAUCUCUGAACUCAUACCUCCACUGGUCCUACGAUCCGACCCGAUCGGAGCUCUCCGUCGCCUUUAUCGCCGCCCCGGCCCGACCCGACGGCUGGAUUUCCUGGGCCAUCAACCCUACCAGCACCGGCAUGGUGGGGUCUCAGGCGCUCAUCGCGUUCAAGGACUCCGACGGCGGGAUGGCGGUUAAGACCUACAACGUCACGUCGUACGGACCGCUGACGGAGUCGAAGGUGUGGUACGAGGUCAGGAAUUCGUCGGCGGAGUCCUCCGGCGGGGUGAUGAGGCUGUUCGCCACCGUGGUUCUGCCGGAGAUGGGGAAGACUACCCUGAACCAGGUGUGGCAAGUCGGCCCCUCCGUCACCGGUGGUGUGCCUGACAAGCACGAGUUUCAGCCGGCGAAUUUGAAUUCCAAGGGCAGCCUCGAUUUGUUGAGAGGACAGAGCACCGUCGCCCCCGCCGGCGGCGGCAACUCUAGAGCCAACAAAAGGAAUAUUCAUGGAAUACUGAAUGUUGUGAGUUGGGGAAUUAUGUUUCCGAUUGGGAUAAUCAUAGCAAGGUACGUAAGGGUAUUUCCGUCCGCAGAUCCAUCGUGGUUUUAUCUGCACAUUUUCUGUCAAGUUUCCGCCUACGCAAUAGGAGUUGCUGGUUGGGGAACUGGCCUUAAACUCGGAAGUGAAUCGAAGGGAAUUACCUAUUCUACCCAUCGUAGUAUCGGUAUUGCACUCUUUACUCUCGCAACUGUGCAGAUAUUCGCAUUGCUGUUGCGACCCAAAAAGGACCACAAGUAUCGGUUUUACUGGAAUAUCUACCAUCACGGAUUUGGAUACGGAAUUCUCAUUCUUGGCAUUAUCAAUGUGUUCAAAGGUUUCGAAAUAUUGCAACCUCAAAACAAAUGGAAAAACGCGUACAUUGUCUUGAUUUCUGUUCUUGGAGGUAUCGCACUAUUAUUGGAAGCGAUUACUUGGAUUAUUGUUCUGAGGAGGAAAAAGAAGUCCGGUAAUUCGACCAAGCCUUACGAAGGGUUUAACAACGGACAUAGCAGGCAAGAACCUUUGGCCCCGUGAUUAUGAAUAUUCGACUUCUUAUGCGUAUUCUAUUCGUAAGAUAAUUAGUAUUUGUUUCUCCUAUAUUACUUGACUCCUUAUUUGAGGUUGUUCGAUUUUCUUGGUUUUUUUUUUUUCCGUCGUGUAUAAUAGUUUCUAUAGUUAGCUGUGGUGUACCACGUAUAGAUACAGAUCGAAACUCGUAAUUAAUUCGACCUUUUGCUAUUUGAUCCGUUUGAUUUCCACCCUUUCGUUAGAAUUGUUGAAUGAUUAGUUCGGUUAAGACUCGAAA